CUCCUUCACCAGCUUCUCGUUCUUCGGCCCGAAAGGCGGAAGAAAGAGGAGCGAAGGGCGAAGGGCAGGGCAGGGAAGCGCAGCAGGAGGGCGGAGUCGCUCCGGGCUCUUCCUUCGUGUUCGUCUGGAAUUUUGACCAUUAGUUUAUGUCCAGGCUCGGAGGUUUAAGAUCCUCGGGUGCUGCAUUUCUCCAGCAUAGGACCCUUCGCCCUAUCGACAGCAGUGCAGUCUUUUGAUUUCGUCUCCGGUCACGGAGGGAGUGAGUUGUUGUGUGAGCAGAGGAGAGACAGAGACAGAGAUAGAGAGAGAGAGAGUGCAGAGCAGAGCAGAGGUUUCCUUGGCGUGCAAUCCAGUGUUUGUCAUUUUGGGCGACAUCGUAUCGAGUUUGCUGGCGUCUGGGUGCGCCUGUAGUUUACUCUCCCCACCGAUCGGUCGUGCCGGAUCGAUCUGAUCGUUAUAAUGGCUUCCCUGAGCUCGGCCAUUGCCUCCACUCUCAGUCGUGUUCCAAAUUUCACGGAGGCCGAGAGGUGUGGGCUUCAGCAGCACAGAUGCGCGCGCGAGCAGCCCUUGUCACAGAUCACGAAUGUGACCCAGAUCAAUUGCGCGGUCGCGGUUUCGUGCGACGGCCGUUCUAGGACCGCGAGAUUGCAGCGUCAGGUUCUUCUGGGCCCUGGUCGUGGCGGAUUCUGGGGGAGCUCUUUGGGGUUUCAGACCAGGAGAAUGGCAUUGACGAGACGGACUGUGCACCGAGCGUGCAGCCGGGCACAGGCUACAGACGAGGCAGUUCUGGAAGAUGUACCACAUGUCACCGAUUGGCUCCCUGAUUUGCCCAGCUUUCCCAAUCCUUUACAAGACAAUCCCGCCUACACGGCAGUCAAGCAAUAUUUCGUAGAGGAAGAUGACGUUGUUGCCAAGAAUGUGGUUGUAAAACUCAGAACACCAGGCGAAGGAACUCACUUUCGCAGGGCGGGUCCCCGCCAAAAGGUCUACUUCAAACCGGAUGAGGUGCGGGCAUGCAUCGUGACAUGUGGAGGACUUUGUCCUGGAUUAAACACUGUCAUCCGUGAAAUUGUUUGUGGUUUGUGGACCCAGUAUGGAGUUCGAGACAUUCUUGGGAUAGAUGGUGGUUACGCCGGGUUCUAUUCAAAUAAUACCAUCCAGCUGACUCCAAAAUUAGUGAAUGACAUUCACAAGAGAGGUGGGACAAUACUUGGUACAUCCCGAGGAGGACAUGACAAAACCAAAAUUGUUGCAGCAAUUCAGGAUCGCGGCAUCAAUCAGGUUUACAUCAUCGGAGGUGAUGGCACUCAGAGAGGUGCUGCUGUUAUUUAUGAGGAACUCAAAAGGCGGGGAGUGAAAGUGGUUGUCGCUGGAAUUCCAAAGACGAUUGACAAUGACAUUGCUAUUAUCGACAAAUCCUUCGGUUUUGAUACUGCUGUUGAAGAGGCUCAGAGGGCAAUCAAUGCCGCUCAUGUGGAAGCUGAGAGCGUGAAAAAUGGCGUGGGUCUUGUCAAGCUAAUGGGUCGUUAUAGUGGCUAUAUUGCUAUGUACGCAACUCUUGCCAGCCGUGAUGUGGAUUGCUGCUUGAUACCUGAAGUGCCCUUUUAUCUGGAAGGGGCAGGAGGACUUUACGAGUUCGUACGCAAGCGUUUAAGAGAGAACGGUCACAUGGUCAUCGUCGUCGCCGAAGGUGCCGGUCAGGAGCUGAUUGCUGAGAGCACGCUAACGACCAAGAGUGAUGCUUCUGGAAAUCGCCUACUCCUAGACGUUGGUCUCUGGUUGUGUCAGAGUUUGAAGGAAAAUUUUGCUGAAGCAAAUGAGCCUCUUACUUUAAAAUACAUCGAUCCUACUUACAUGAUUCGAGCCAUUCCCAGCAAUGCCUCCGACAAUGUCUACUGUACUCUCCUGGCACAUAGUGCCAUUCAUGGGGCCAUGGCAGGAUUCACUGGCUUCACUGUAGGUCCUGUCAAUGGUCGACACGCGUACAUUCCUAUUCUGGCCGCAACGGAAACACAAAAUCGAGUUAACGUUAAUGACCGGAUGUGGGCGCGGCUUCUGUCCUCUACAAAUCAGCCCGAUUUUCUUAGUUAUGAACGUGUCAUCGAAGGGAAGAAGGCUGCGAAGGCUGCUGCAAGUGUCCACAAAUUUGCUAAAGUAGCGUCUAAUGGAAUGCUACCCAUUCAGGAGAAGAAAACCAACGGCGGCGUUCGUGAUGAAGUUUCCGUGCAAAGUGGUGAUGAAAAGUCUAAGGACGCAAAAGAAACUAAGUAAGUUUCCUGAGGGCAAGCCCACGCAAGUCUGACAUCUUAGACCAUGGAAGCAUUUAAGGUGUUGGAGCUGGGUGGGACGAAAAUGAAGGUUUUAAGAGCACACCGCUACUCAAGGCGUCUAGCCUGUACAUUACAGGUUCUUUAAGCGAAGGGGUAGCUGGCACAUCCCGGGAAAGAUUGCUGUACACCAGAGAGACCAUCAGUCGGGGUUUUAUUUUGUGGUUAACGCCAAGCAGUCCCUGCAUUGGAGGGUCUUGAACGGGGAAAGGUGUGUGCCCACAUUAGCCCUCACGAUUUGCCGAUACUGAUCCGAGCAAACUAUGUGUGGGACAGGUCUCUUGCUUUAAUAGCCUCGAAUUUCUGUCAAGCUUUGGGCUUGAAACUUAGAAGAUUAUUUAUUCUGGAAAGUUGAAAUCUGUUGUAGCUGGCAGGAUUUUCCACUAGUACAGCCGAUCACACUUAGGUACCACGAUGGAAUAGAAGGAUUGAGGUUUAUGUAACCUAUUUUUGUUCUCCAAGCAAAGUCCUCUUAGAUCCACAUAUUCUCUUAGAGCCAUGUAUGCAAGUGGAGGUGAGCGUCGUCUGUCCUUCGGCCAUUACCAAUGUAUUUUAGUAGAGGGAGUUUUUCUCUUCUAUAAACACUUUUUGGCUUUCAGUAGCCAGAUGGAGUCGACAUCUGAAGUGAGCUUGGACUGCACUUGCAGCAACUUACGAAAAAAAAUCUUCUUCAGCCAAGUUGCUUUGAGUCUAGUUCAAAUUUCAAGGCCUACAGGUUACGGCCAGCUUUGUGUUGCCAGUGAGCAUAGAGAUAAAUAAAUACAGAAGUUUUGU